GCGCGUGAGCCCUCCUGCAACUGCUCCGGCUGUUAAAGAUGGCGGCCUGCGCGCUACGCCGAGGCUUGUUGAGUACUGUCAGUAAAUACAACAACACUCACAGAAUACUGAGCGUUAUUGACAGCAGCAGCGGAUACGAGGCGUUCAGGCCGCGGGUUCAAUGCCGGGCCUGCGGACUGCCCGGUGGCGUCCAACAGAGGCGGUUCAUGUCGUCACGGCCUGAAGGGAAGAUUUUGGAGACGGUGGGAAUGUUUGAGGCUGUGAAGCAGCACGGAAAAUAUGAAACGGGACAGCUGUUCCUGCACAGCGUGUUUGGCUACAGAGGCAUCGUCUUGUUCCCGUGGCACGCCCGCCUCUACGACCGAGACAUCACCCCCCCCAUGACCGAGAGCAAACCGGAGCCUCCUGGAGCCCACGGCUCCAAGGAGGUGAAGGGCAAGACUCACACCUACUACCAGGUCCUGAUCGACACCAGGGACUGCCCUCACAUAUCUCAGAGGUCCCAGACGGAGGCGGUGACGUUUCUGGCGAACCACGAUGACAGCAGAGCCCUAUACGCCAUCCCAGGUCUGGACUACGUGAGCCACGAGGACAUCCUGCCCUACAACUCUGCAGAGCAGAUCCCCAUCCAGCACGAGCUGUUCGAGCGCUUCCUCAUGCACAACCCGGCCAAAACUCCUCCCUUCACGUCCAGAGACACCCUGAAGGCCUGGCAGGAGAAGAACCACCCCUGGCUGGAGCUCUCCGACGUCCACAGGGAGACCACCGAGAACAUCCGGGUCACCGUCAUCCCCUUCUACAUGGGCAUGAGGGAGGCCCAGAACUCCCACGUUUACUGGUGGCGCUACUGCAUCCGUCUGGAGAACAUGGGCAGUGAGGUGGUCCAGCUGAGAGAACGCCACUGGAGGAUCUUCAGCCUGUCGGGGACCCUGGAGACGGUCCGGGGUCGAGGUGUCGUGGGCCGCGAGCCGGUGUUGUCCAAAGAGCAGCCGGCCUUCCAGUACAGCAGCCACGUGUCCCUACAAGCCCCCAGCGGCCACAUGUGGGGGACGUUUCGCAUCGAGAGGACAGACGGCUCCCACUUCGACGUCCGCAUCCCUCCGUUCUCGCUGGAGAGCAACAAAGAGGACAAAGCGCCCCCUGCUGGCUACACGUUCUAACUGCCCCCCCCCCCUCCGGCAUACCUUCAGUGAGACGAUGUUUCCAGGCCCAAACUCCGCCCCCUUUCUUUUCCUGUGAGGUCACAGAGCAGCAUUACAUCAUUGAGUAACUUGCAUGGACGUGGAGAGACUCUUGGAGGGGGGGGGGGAGAGACAUGUGACACACGGCAGUAUUCCUCCUGUUACGCUUCCCAUCAAUUGAAUGAAGUACAAAUGAACCCUGUAUACUGUUUGUUAGCAGUGGGCCGUAGAUGUUGACGUUUGGCUUUUUGGUAACAAGCAGAACGCCGUAAAGGGAGCCAAGAGGCUUCUGUGGUUUUAAAGUCUUCCCUGUUGUUUAAAAAGCAGAAUCAAGCCGUUGUCCUGGAGGUGUUUUAAAGCUCUGAGGAGGAAAAGUUCUGAGUGUUUAAUGAGAAGAAAAACAAGCGAAUACUGUAAAUAGAUAUGUAAUUAAAGGCAAAACGAAUAAAUAACUUUUUGGAAAACUACA